GAUACAGGCGACUCCCCAAGAAUGUUUUGUCCCUUCGAACCACAUCCACAAUCGGAGGAGUGGAUUAUUACUUGACCGAGGUCCGAAACACUGUGAAGACCCAGCAGGAUGUUAUCGACCUUUGGGAAUGUGCGCCCGAUUAAAUCAAGGUCCUGGGUCUCGAUUUCGGCCAAGCCUGUGUAGUCGGAACCGGUGCGUUGCUACCAAAGAACGAUGGUCCUGCCAGUACGACGACGGGACCUGGAAGAAAGGAUGAUGAUGUCGGCAUGAGCAGCUCCUCCGAGGAUACAACCCCUACUCCCGUUCCUGUCACCUAUUACAACCUCGCAGUGAAACAGAAGACAGUGUACCAGCCCACGCUCAUGCACAGAAGAUGGAUGGAAGAGCAAAAAAGCAUCGCUCCAGGCGACGGUAUAGAAUCCAUCAACGACAUCGAGACCAGCUUUGCGAGCUAUGUUACGGAGCUGGAGAGAGUAGAGGAACAACUGAAUGAGUUUUACAACAGCAACAACCGGUUCAAGAAGCAUAAGUGGGGCGCGAGAAGGGCCAGAGAUGCGGAGUACAGACUCAUAACGGAUCGCCUACUCAAGUUGGUCGGAGGAUCGUUCGGUAGAAAGAGAGAGGAAGCCAACAAGAUUGUGAUUGGGGUUGGUCUAGGCAAGCUUUCGACCAAGACGAGACUUUCCUCCUUGCACGAGUCCUUUCUGUCGUACUUUGUUCAGAAGGCAAGAACACUAUCACAAAGUUAUAUAAAAUCGUUCUAUGUUUUUAUUGACUUCGUCUUGAUGUCCUAAAGGCCAGGUCCCUAGGCUACAUCGUAGUUGGAGUGAAUGAGUACUUGUACUUCGAAGAAGUGCCCGACGUGC